AUGAUUCGUUUAUUACCACCUGUAGCAGCAGAGCAUGUUGGACGGAAAUGUUUGGUACUUGAUUUGGAUGAAACAUUGGUGCAUAGUUCUUUCAAAAUAAUACCCCAUCCUGAUUUCAUCGUGCCCGUGGAAAUCGACAAUCAAUACCAUAAUGUAUAUGUGCUCAAGCGGCCGGGCGUGGAUGAGUUUAUGCGGAAAAUGGGUGAAAAGUAUGAAAUUGUUGUGUUUACAGCAAGUCUUUCCAAGUACGCGGAUCCUGUUUUAGAUAAGCUUGACAUCCACAAGGUGGUCAAGCACAGGCUGUUUAGAGAAGCCUGCUGUAAUCAUAAAGGCAACUACGUCAAGGAUCUGUCGCAUCUGGGACGUGAUCUCACAGACACAAUGAUUCUUGACAAUUCGCCAGCAAGCUACAUUUUCCACAAUGCGAACGCAGUACCAGUAUCCACGUGGUUCAAUGACCCGCAUGAUACGGAACUUACAGACUUGGUGGCCUUCUUGGAAGACUUGACGCUUGUAGACGACGUUACCAUGGUCUUGGACAACACGCUUUCGGAUCUCCCAUUCUCCUCCUCCGGCUUUCCUUCUUCCUUGCCCCAGCAAUAG